AUGAUCAGCCCAGAGGUGGUUGUAGCCCUUGUGGCUCUCAUCGUCUCCCUGGUCGCGUUGACAGCGACCUUUAUGCAGGUUCUUCAGCAGUACUAUGCCUCCGCUGCCGGCUAUUCCCUUUGCAACGAAAAGGUCAUGGGCGGCUGGGCAAGGACCAAGACCAGGCGCUUCUCCUGGGAAGAGCUUCGAUACGAAGUACAGUAUGAUGCGCCCGUCAUCUUCGUCUCCCCCCCGAACAACAGGCGCGGCCCAAUUCCCGACGCCCCGAUAUACUUUCUCGACGGCUCGCCGCGGAGCUUGGAAGAGACCUGGACCACGCCAGAGCUGGACCCGCGCAAGGAAUAUCUCACUCUAUCGGCCAAGGAGCGUGUCCACACAGCAGACAAUGAGCGCACGUCGUGGUCGGUGCUCCUCUACGCCAUCCAGAGAAUGGAGGCCAAGUCGAGUGAGUGGCAGCGCGACCAGUACGGGCCCCCGGGAACGCUUCAGGCCCAGUACGGCCUGCCCAGCAAGCCGCCGUCGCUCCGUGAGCAUCAUACCCUGACUGUGGCGCUGCAGCGCAAGAGAAAGAGCUGGGAUACCAUGCCGCCAUCCAUGACAAAACCCUACGCGACAACAACCAUGUGCCACAUGAUUGAAAUGCUUGCUGCGCUGGGUAUCUACUGGAAGGAAUUUGACCGACGUCGCGAUCGCUACUGGGCCGAAGGAAAUGGGUUUCUGGUUCUUGGUGAGCGAAACGACCUCGGAAUUGUGUUUUCGCUGCAAGUACAUGGGCAGGCCACCUUUGAGCGCAACAGGGUGAUUCCUGUCGACUACAUCAAGGAACUCACAUUCGGCUACGUGCCCACCAUCUACCGUGACACCAUUGAUCAGAGCCGACUCAAAGUGCCCAGCGACAUGCCGGAAAAUCUCAGCUCACUGCAAAUGAGCCGCGACCGGGAGCUGGCGGAGAGCCUGACCGUGAUUGGGUGCAACAUGAAUACGGUGAACUACUUUCUGGAAGACGGCAGCCGGACAUCACAUAUUUUUCCCCUCGCGUUUGAGAUUCUCGGCAUGCUCAGCCAAAAUUUUCACAUCAACAACAGCAGCUUCACCUACAUCCCGAACCCGACCAAGCACAGCUUCGACAAGCGCUCAUUUUCGCUGCGCAAGCUCUUGGAGGCGUUCAAGACGCACUUUGACGCCGACACCACCACCACGCGCAACCACGUCAUUGUUGACGCGCUUCGCCGCCACGUCGACGAGGUCCUCAAGACCUAUUGUGAAAAAGACGGCCCUCCACGGCUGGUGUGCCUGCGAGUCCUGCACAUGGCCAUUGACGAUACCGACGAGAUCCUGACCGCCAAGAAAAAGGACACCGCGGACACAUGCGGCGCUGACGCCGACACCCCCGUUACCCCUGGCAUGCCUACCUUGCCCGUGGUGGUUUGCUCCGAUGACCAGGGCGAGACGAAGCUUCAGGUCAUGCGCCGUGAGGCCGUGCAAGACGUGCUCCGCUCCCACAUCCAAGAAGUCCUGCGGCUGCUCAACGAGCGCGACGAACGUGCCGAAACGCAGUCGCUGCAGGUGCAGCACCUGUCCGACCGCUCGCCCGUCUCCCCGCUGCAGGCGCGGUUCCCGGAGCGGUUCCCGCCCCCACAGCGGGCCGUUUCGCCGGCACCGCGCUUCGAGGAUGUCGACGACGCCAGUCCCGAUGAGCGGCAGCAGCUCCUGAUGGACGUCUACUUUGAGGUCGUGCGCCCGCGCGUCGUCCCCAAGGCUGCUUUUUCGACGGAGCGUAGAGGGAGUCUCGGCGGGGGUCAGCGUCCGCAGAGCCUGCCGAGCAUGCGCGGCGGCGGGCGCAGCAUCUCUCGCGGGCCCAGCCUGGCACCGCGCCCGGGCUCGAGCCGCGCCAGCUCCUCCGUCGGGGGUCCCGUGGCCGACGCGGAGCCCGGCGCUAGUGACGAGACCGAUGCCGAGGUGGCCGUGGCCGUGGCCAGCGAUAACGAUGAGGAUGCGGACGAGGAAGAGGAGAAUGGCGCGGCUGUGAAUGCGGCAACGGACCGCCGUCGGAGGUAUCGCGUGCCGCUCGCGGCGCAGCCGGCGUCGCAUGACGACAUUUGGUGUACGCUGGUCUUCCGGAUGAUAUGCUGGCUGAUGCUGCACGACUUUCACAAGCUGGAUGUGCAGGUGCCCAAGAGUGAGCUCCUGGGCAGUCGGGUGCCCGUCUACAUUGCGUAA